UUGUAGCACUUGUAUUUUUAGGGCUUUCCCUGUGUUUUUUUUAUUUUUUUACCUGUACGACGAGGAGACUUGGGCGCAGGAUGAAGGACUCGAGUCUAUCGGGACCGACGAGCGUUUUGGCGGCGAACCCGAGACCGUGGGAGAACGUCGACUGGCCGGAGGAGCAGCAGCGGUGGAUCCACCGCAGUUGGGGCCAGUACUUUGCGAGGAUGCGGAAGAACAGCUUUGCCCACUCAUACUUCGACAAGUGCAUCGAGGAGCACGAGGGGCUGGACCACAAGGCCCUGUGUCUGCGCAGCAAGUUCCAGAGAUCGGUGGCCCUCACCCAGGGCGCCCUGGAGGACAGUCUGCGCGCCACGGCGGCGGGAGAGGUGUGGAAUGCCAACGUGUCCAUGGAACUGGCCGAUGCCCUGUACGAUCUGAAUCGGUUCGAGGACAACAAGAGCCUGCUGCACGACAAUGUUCGCCGGCACGCGGGCACCGCCUUGAAGGCCUUCGAAAACCGCCUCCUGGUGGUCGAUGAGAACCUCAGGGAUUGCACCGGCUUCAGCCUGGCGAACUUCUUCAUGGAGCACUCGUCCCAGUUGCCCGGCUUCUACGACCAUCAGCAGGAGGAGGUGCGAAAGGCGGACAAGCGACCGCUGUGGAAAAUCCUGAAGGAGCGCAACGAGUGCGACGUCCAGAGCAGCAUGGAUCGCAAGGAGGAGAUGCUCUCCCCGCUGGAAAUGGAGCGCAGGCGCCGCAAGACGAAGAUCUACUACCAGAACUACCUGGGCCGCAACUGGACCGAUUUCAUCUUUCUGAAAACGCUUCGCCGCAACCCCAACAGCCUGUUGGACAACAACUUUGGCUCCUCGCCGGACAGAACCGCCUACCUGGAGCACUCAUUCCAGCGGCUGAAGACCUUCACCCGGAUGCUCCAGGCCCGGAGUCCCAUGUACAACGAGUACUUUCAGCGAAGUCCGCGCAUGGAGGCGCGCAUGCGGGAGUCGAAUCUGUUCAGGAUCCAGUACCAGACCAGGCGCAAUAUGCUGAGCAUCCUCCGAACCAUUCAGGUGCUGAGAAAGAAGAAGGACCUCAAGCGCCUUCGCAAAUUCGUGGAGGACGUGAUGGGCAGCUAUGUGGUCAUCAAGACGAACCGUCUGAUGCCCUGGAAGGCGGAGUUCAUGAACGAGGUGUACAACAACCUGGCCCUGAGCCUGUGCGAGGGAUACCGCCUGCCGCCCACGCGGGUCACGCCCUACGACAAGGGCGCCAUGUGCCACCUGCUCAACAUACCCACCGCCAAGCCCCUGGAGCACACGGAGUUCGUCUUCGGGGACCGGUCCACCUACUCCUACGCGGGUCCCGAAAAGCAGAGCACCGACCGGUUGGCCGACCAAAACUUCAUCGAGUACCUGGAGAAACGCCUGCUGUUCGCCCGCCUUCCGAUCGAGAGGAGCUACUUGCUCCACGAGCUGGCCGACCGGCACAUGCAGAAGAACCACUUCGUCCAGAGUCUGUCCUACGCGCAGAAGGCCAUCGACGAGGCCCGGGGGUGCAACAGCCGCAUCUGGGAGUUCCUCAGCACCAUGCUGAUGGCCAAGUCGCACGCAGUGCUCCACAAGUACGAGCGGCAGACGGAGGUCCUCAAUUCCGCCUACGACCUGGCCACCCAGCUGAAGUCGCCCCAGCUGUGCACCUUCAUCGAGCUGUGCCGCAUGCUCAACAAGGACUACAUAACGCUGCGCAAGAUGUCCCAGCUGGUGACCAGCAAGCGACUGCGCACCAAGCUCUCCAACAGGUCCAGUUUCUUCACCUCCCCCAACUAUUCCCCCAACUUUUCGGAGAUCAAGAAGCAGGAGGCUGAUGCUUUGACCGCCUGACUCGGCGGACUGGAUGGAGGGCACUGAUUCCCCACAGUGCCCUCCAUGCGAUCCGUUGGUUCUCGCACGGCCAGGCAGCAGCCUCGAAAAGUAGCUCGAAACUCAUAUAAGACUGGGAAGUUUGAAAACAGAUUCGAAACAAUUUGAAAUGCUAAAAAAAUGUGUAAAGUGACAAAAUCGUAAAAAUAUGCCUAAAAAGCCAAAUCGUAAGAAUAUACCAAUGUGUAGGCCUAAACCGAAUUAACUGCAACAUUUGUGUGUUGUUUUAAAAUGAAUUUACCGUCCAAAUCGAAUGUUUGCCCAAGAAAUAUUCAAUCUAAUGAAGACCUUUGGAAAGUAAUGAUUUAAAUCAAACGGCCCAGCUUUGGCAUGCAAAUUAUCCGAAAUUAAAAUGUCACUGCCCCAUAUUUGAAUACAAAUGUGCGGCACAAAUAAAGUCAACAAAGUGCGGCCGCUGUGAAAACUA